AUGUCAUCUGCCCGCAUCAAGCGCAACCGCAACACCCAGCAGAUCAAGUUCAAGGUCCGCUGCUCCCGCUACGUCUACACCCUUGUCCUGAAGGACUCCGACAAGGCCGACAAGCUCAAGCAGAGCCUUCCCCCUGCUCUCAAGGUUGUCGAUGUCACCAACGGUGACAAGAAGAAGGCUUUGUAA